AUGAAUUUCAGGAGUUUAGAUGAGUUCUGGGUUUUCUACAUGAACCAGCACUCUAAACCAUCGACGAGACGUUGGCACUUCAUUGGAACUCUUUCUGCUAUCUUCUUCUUUCUAUGCUCCUUAUUGUUUAGCUGGUGGUUUCUGUUCCUUGUUCCAUUAACUGGUUAUGGGUUCGCCUGGUACAGCCAUUUCUUUGUUGAGGAAAAUGUUCCCGCCACCUUUGGCCAUCCAUUUUGGUCUCUUCUUUGUGAUUUCAAGAUGUUUGGAUUGAUGCUUACGGGGAACAUGGAUAGAGAAAUAAAGAGGCUGGGAAAAAGACCUGUGUUGCAAGCUUUUUAAUUCUAAUAAGUUCAUCUGAUAAGAAUUACCACAAUAUUGUUUUUGCAUUCCGGUUGGAGAAUCAGUUCACCUCCCCAGCAUCUCUUUCAUCCACAUGUACAGCUUGCUUCAUCAUACAGGAUCGUUCCCACCACAGUUGGCCGUUUGAGUCACUUCCAGCAGUUCUGCUAUUAAUGUUGUAUGCUUCGUUUGCUGCUUUGGAUGGUUUGGAGGCAUUUUUCUUCCUCUCAACCUUAGAAUUCUCUGCAGACCAUUUACCUCCCUCAGGUUGGGAUGCUUAACUUGGAAAAUAUAACCAGCAAAACCCAUUCUAAGGCUCAUUGAUGCUCCCAAAUUUGAUUCUGAAAGUUGGCUUACGAACUGCAAUAGUGCAUCUAAUGGUAUUCUGUAAACCCAUAUUUAUGUUUAUUUUGUACAAUGAAGUGCAUCAACAAAGUUAUCCUUUAUGAUUGGAAUCUUA